UGUUACUACGAGCGCGAAGCUUUCGUAUUCGGCACCUUUCGGCGUUCCUCGACUCGACCUGUCGCUCGGAGUUCGUGUGGUUGCCUCUCGAAGGGCUCCGCCCGGCUGCGUCUUUAUGAGGACGUUACUGACUUUUUUUUUUUAACCGUGAGCGCAGGUUGUCACUUGGGAUUUACAGUGUGCGGCUUCAUUUCUGACUGAAAGUCACCCCAGAAUUGAUGGCUGAAGCUUGGCUGGAAGAAGAAGAGGAGGAGCUGCGGGAGCUCAGGGAUUCCGGGAACAGGCGUCACAGAAGGGGACACUUGAACCCCGCGCCAGAACGAUCCGAGAGGAACAAACCAGAGCAGCGUCUUUCAAGCCAGGGACCUCUAUCUUCCAUAAGAGCCGCCAUCAAAAGAACUACAUCAACAAGAAUUGCCACACAGACAGAGCAGCAGCGAGACAGGAGGAGACCUGAGAUAACUAUUGUGUCUGCAGAACCUCUUGGACCAGCCUCUUGGAUCCAGGGUGUUCCAGGUGGCUGUCCCAGUUCGGCAGCUCUGGGAUUUCCUCCACCAGCACCAACUGUCUGGGGACCAAAUCUUCCCACUUCAGCUCAGCUUCCACCUUCGUAUGAUCAGGUUAUUAAGGAAAAAAAUCAAGAGCAGAAUUCUACCACCGCCACUAAUGCCACUCAUCGACCCUCCACUGCUACUAUAGCCACCCAGACCGAGCCGGACGAAAACCCAGGGACCACCUCCUCGGAAAGCAAUGUGAUUAACGUGGUUGAUCACGGCGAGCCUUUCUCUGCUUCAGGAAGGCUGUCCAAACCGCUAAGACCUUCUUUACUACCAUCAGCAGUGCAAAAACCUUUGGCUGUUCCACAGGAAUCUUCACUGACAGUUCCCAUCCCAAAUGACUCUUCAUUGACUGAUAAUCCUACAGAAUUAACUAACAGCCAGGCUGUGCUUGACCCUGCCAGCCUUCCAGAAGUUUCUAGCCAUUGUGAAUCAGUAGAACCACCAGACAAGCAGGAGGUGGUAGUUAGGCGCCCAGUGCCAAGACCUCGGUCGAUGAUCAAUUUAAAAAGCCAUGCCAAAAUAGAACAAGUACCAGUGCUGGUUGAGGUGAACGAAAAGAGCAGUUCUUGUACGCAAGACAACAUCCUCUUGACACAAAAUAAACACUUACAGGACUUAUUGGAGGUAUUUGGCCCAGAGGCCCAAUUUGAUCCAAACAUGAGUACCCAUGAGAGCCAGAGAAAUAUCCGAGCUAAAAUACAAGCUUUUGAGUCUCAAGCCAACCUUGAAGUGGGUACCAGCGAUCUUUCAAACCGACCAGAAAUUGCUCCUCGUACUUUUGUUCCAAAGCCACCAGUUACAACAGCUAAGCCAUCUAUUGCUCCUAAACCAAGUGCGCGAGCCUCGGAGGAAAUCCCACCUUGGAAAGAGACAAAAUCUAUAAUGGCUCCCUGGGAAGAACCUGCUUUAGUGCUUCCAAAGAUGGAGGAUAGAGAAGCAUCCUUUAGCUGCAAACCAGAACUUCCAAAGAAACCUAAAUCCCAAAUCUUUGCCACUGGGUCCACCAAUGGGAAUGAUUUUCUUGAAAACAGACAGCAGGAAGAAAGGAAAUUCCCAGUGCCUGCACCAAGACCAGUUGUUCUUAAAAAGCCAGAAAGUAAAAACUCCUUGGCAUCUCAGCAACAAGCUGUAGUGAUCCCGGCACCUAGGAUGUCUGUGCUUGCCAGAGCGAAAAACUUUCAGGCUAUUGAGGAGGGUCCUGCAGCACGGACAAGAUCAAGUUCUGAUCUGAUAAGCUUUGAUGAUGACAACUGUGGCUUGGUGACUUCGGCUGUGAAGAAUGGUGUAGAAAGUAGAAUUUCCAACACUGGAGAUUUUAACUUCACUGAAGCAGAAAGCAUAGCCGAUACUCAGGCACAGCAAAAAGUUUUUCGUAAACCAACAGUGAUAAGAAUACCCAGCAAACCAAAUGGAACAGAUGCAGACGAUCAGGCUCCUCCACCACUCCCAACUCAGAGACCCAUUGGUGCGUUUUCUGCUAGCAUUCCCAGAAAACCUGAUAUUCCCUCCAAGGUACGAGAAGAGGAGGACAAUUCGUUUGAUACACCAGUUCGUCCCAGGCUUAAGGGGCCAAAGGUCCUACCCUUUCGACCACCACCACCAAAGGGUGCUCCUGCACGGCCUCCUCCUCCUAAGACUUCGGCGCCAAUGCGACGCUCUUCCUCUGAAACGAUGUUUAACAGACCGUCAUCUACACGGCCGCAAAGCUUAAUGUUGACGAAAAAGGGACCAUCACUGCCACCGAGGCCUGCCCCUGGCCAUCCUCUCUACACAAAUUACACACUUGCUUUACCACAUGGAGUUGCAGAACGGGACCACCAUUCAAGAAUUCCAGGAGAGCUUUCUUUUCAGAAAAAAGAAGUUCUGGUGCUGCUGCAGCAGAUUGACAGCAAUUACUUUGAGUGUCAAGUGGGAGACAAAAAGGGAAAAGUCCACAAGUCGCAUAUGAAGAUAAUCACCCCCUUGAAGUCGGAGGAAAGCAACAGAAGAUAUUCACAGGGAUCCUAUUCUGAUGGCAUGGACUAUCAGUACCAGGGGCAGCAAGCUGAAGUCCUGCAUGACUUCAUUUCCGAACAACCAGAUGACUUAACCCUGAAGACUGGAGACACGGUGUCCAUAUUGGGGAAAAUUGAUAAUGAUUGGUUCAGUGGGACAUGUCGGGGUCGAACUGGAAUCUUCCCAGUCAGCUUUGUGAGAGUAAUUGCUGAUAAUCCCGGAACGGCAAAGAGAAAAAGCUUCAGCUCCUCUUCAGCCUUCAUCAGCGGUCCAAGAUGCAAGGCUCGUUUUGAUUUUGAAGGUGAACAGGCGGACGAGUUGACUCUCGCAGAAGGCGACGUCAUCAAGCUGCAUGAGUACGUGGACGAGGAAUGGGCCAAAGGAGAGCUGCGAGGCCAAAUCGGGAUCUUCCCACUGAACUAUGUGGAAAUUAUUGAGGAUCUGCCUUCAUCUUCACAGAGCAAAAGCACCAGUUCAGGUGUCUUUGUGCUACCGAAGUCAAAGCAAGAAUCCAUCAAAAAAGAACAACUGGACCAGCAAUGGUGUGUUGCAGUUUAUGACUUCAUAGGCCAGUCUGACGAGGACCUCACCUUCUACAAGGGCGACUGCAUCCAGAUCAUAGAGCACAUUGACUCGGAAUGGCUUCGAGGGAGACUCGGUGGCAAGGAGGGCAUCUUCCCAGCAGUGUUUGUGGAGUACACUAAAGGACCAGAUGGCGGUGAGAGUGGAAAGCCCAGACGUGCCAAAGCGCUCUUUGACUUCAUGGCGGAGGACGACGAGGAGCUCUCUUUCAGGGCUGGUGACAUCAUUGCUGCAGUGGAGGCCGUGGAUGGCGAGUGGUUCUCAGGCCAGCUGCAUGGUAAAACUGGUUUGUUUCCAAAGAACUACGUUACUUUGCUAUAAAGACUGGCAGUGACCCCCCGACAUCCUGCACAAGAGGACUUGACAGGAUGGAGUGGCGGCCAAAACACACACGAGCUGUGCAAUAAUUUCCCUUUGCUGCUUACCCUGACCGUGCCUUGAGUGAAUUGCUGACAAAGUGCCUUACAAAACCAAAGUCUUGAUGAAAGCUGGUCUUCACAAUGCCUUUCGACUUCACCCCACCCCUUGCUGAGUUAGGACAGUAUUUCAGAAACUGCUUGGCACUUGUAAAUACCCAACUCAACACUAAAGCAAAAUGAAAAGUGUGCAAAUGAGUAUCUGGCUGUAUUUUUAAGUGGUUGUUGUACUUCACAUUUUUAUGUCAUUUUUUUAACUCAAUAAAGGAUAUGUCAAGAUGUAAA